AUACAACAUAUAGUUCUAGACUGGGUACGGCUUCUAUGGCAGUUAUUUGUGAUUUUUGAUAUUUUACCGCCGCUUUACUGAUUGUUAUAUCUGUCUUACCAUAUUUGUUCACGUUUGAGCCACAAUCAUGUUUACUCCCGUGUUGAUUCCAAACGAUAUCUUGAAUAUCCCACAGCCUCCGUCACCUCUCUCCAUCUCAUCCACACUCUCAAGAAUCUCCUUUGCAUGGGCCAAUGGACUUAUCACAAAAGGUGAAAAGAAGUUGCUACGUGACGAUGACGUUGACGACGUCGCAGCUGAAGACCAGUGCAACAACAUCGACAGAGUGGUGGAGCAGUCAUGGGCAAGGGAGACAAAACACAGUCGCUCUCCCUCCCUAGCUCUGGCGCUGGUCAGGUCAUUCAGCGGGAUGUUGGUCCUAGCGCAAAGCUGCCGCCUCAUUCAGUUCGCAUGUACCGUGAAUGCUCCACUGAUUUUACGCCAGCUGAUCACCUACCUUGACGCGGGGCCCACGGGGAUGGGGCGUGGUCUGGGUCUCAUCGUGGCCUUCUUCCUGAACCAGAUCGGGUUCAGCCUGUUCAUUGAGCACUCCUUCCACAGCUGCAGUCGCCUCGGUCGCAGUGUCAGAACAGCCAUGUGUUCCGCCAUCUUCAAGAAGAGUCUCUCCAUCUCCAACAAAGCUCGACAGAAGUAUUCCUCAGGUGAACUCACCACCCUCAUGUCAGUCAACGCCAGCCAGGCCGGCUCGUAUUUUGAUCAACUCAGCACGAUCGUGCUCAGCCCAUUCCUGGCGGUGGUCAUAUUUUAUCGCCUGUUCAACCUGCUCGGCAUGGCGGCGGUGUUUGCCUUGACGGUGAUGUUGGUGCUCAUCCCGACCAACCUGUUGAUGACGGAGAGAGCGGAGAUUGUUGACAAGGAGAGGAUGAAGAAGAUGGAGAAGAGGAUGAAGCUGCUAACAGAGGUCCUCAACGGUAUCAAGGUGGUGAAGUUGAAUGGAUGGGAGGGGUGUUUCGGGCGGAGGGUGAUGUCGGCGAGGGAGGAUGAGCUGGACGUCCUGAGACGCUUCUACAUCAUCACUGCCCUCUUCAGCUUCUCGUGGACAGUCGUGCCAUAUAUAAUCUCCGUGGUGACGUUUGCCGCCUAUGUGUACCUGACCGGGGACGCCCUGGACGCCCAAACAGCGUUUGUCGUCAUCUCCUACCUCAACAUCCUCAACUACAGCUUGAACGAGACGUCUCUUGUUUUCCUCUUCCUCCUGAAGAUCAAACUACAUCUCGGACGGAUCCAAACCUUCCUCCUUGAAGACGACCACAAGACGGAAACCGCCAGCCCUGUUACAGAUUCUGCGGUCGAAAUUCAAAAUGGCGCCUUUACUUGGGAUGAUGAACGUGCAUUUGUUCUCAAAAGUGUAAACAUGGAGAUACCGAGAGGCAGUCUGACGGCUGUCGUUGGGCCAGUUGGUGCCGGUAAGUCGUCCCUGCUGUCGGCGAUACUCGGCGAGAUGGAGAGACUCGCGGGACACGUAUAUGUGAAGGGCCGCACAGCGUACCUCCCUCAACAAGCCUGGAUCCAGAACGACACCCUGCAACGGAACAUCCUCUUCGGGGGGCGGCUGGCGGAGGGGCGGUAUGAAGACGUACUGGAAGCGUGUGCCCUCACCCCCGACCUCGCCCAGUUCCCGGGGGGAGACCAGGUGGAGAUAGGCGAGAAGGGCAUCAACUUGAGUGGGGGACAGAAGCAGAGAGUGUCUCUAGCCAGAGCUGUCUACAGUGAUGCCGAUGUCCUCCUUCUUGACGACCCCCUCAGCGCCGUGGACAACCACGUGGUGAGACACAUCUUCAGGAACGUCAUCAGCAACAACGGGCUCCUGAAAAACAAGACCCGACUACUGGUCACCCACAACAUGUCCGUGCUGCCUCACGUGGAUAACAUACUGGUGGUCAGCGAAGGGUCAGUGGUGGAGUCGGGCGCCUACAGCCAGUUACUGGUCAACGAGGGUACAUUCACCGCCAUGUUGAAGCCACACCAGUCAGAUGCAGAUUACAACACAAACAGUGAUCUAUUCAAUCUGGAAAACUCUCCUGAUAAUACUGGUUCACAAAGCCAAAAGGGCAAUUCGUCGACAAAGGAUCUGCCAUCAGCAUCAAAGAUUAUCUCUGAAGAGGACACGCGAGUUGGCGGGGUAAGCCUGGGGGUGUACCGACUGUUCCUGUCAGCCUUGGGGGGUGCCCGCUGUCUGGUACUGCUGCUGCUGUAUGGAGGGUACUACGCUGUCUUCAUGUAUGCCAACAUCUGGCUCACCCGGUGGGUAGAGGAUCCAGCACUCGGGGGCCCCUCCGUCCCACCCACAGGCGCCGCCCCGGGCACGACCCCUCGCAGUGGCACUUACAAUCAAACCACUACUUCUGUCUCUGUCAAAUGGACCACGACGCGGUACUACCUCGCUGGCUAUGCAGGCCUUGGUGUUAUACAAGCUCUCCUGAUGGUGACGUACACCUACUGUCAAGGCAGGGUGUUAAUUUCGGCGGCCAGAACACUCCAUCACCAGCUUCUGGAGAACGUCCUCCGGUCACCCAUGUCCUUCUUUGACUCCACCCCCAUUGGCCGCAUUACGUCAAGGUUCUCAGGGGACCUGGGAGCAGUAGACACCGACAUGACCAACACCAUGGACGGCUGGCUCAACGGCAUGGGCAACGUCGUUAGCAGCCUCAUCAUGAUCUGCUACAUCGCGCCGUCCGUCCUGGGUGUCAUCAUUCCCAUGUUCUUGAUGUUUAUGUCUGUCCAGCGGGGCUACAUCAGCACUACACGGCAGCUAACGCGAAUGUCAUCUCAAAGCCAGGCUCCCAUGAUCAGUUUCUUCAGCGAGGCAGCAUCCGGGACUCCUGUAAUCCGGGCUCUCGGAGCUAGGGCCAUGUUCUGGAAGACGUUCGCCCGCAAGGUUGACUCCAGCUGUAAAUUCUCUUUCUUCACCGCCUUGUGCAAUAGAUGGUUGACUGUCCGACUGAACUUCAUCGGUAACGUCGUCCUGACAACCGCCAUCGCCACGCUGUGUCUUGGAAGAGAUGUCGUCACUGGGGGAAGUGUCGGGCUGAUUGUCUCAUUUGCCGUCGAGUUCGGCAGUAAACUGGUCUGGUUCGUCGUCAACACCACCCGCCUGGAGCUGAACAGCGUGUCCGUGGAGAGGAUCUUCCAGUAUACCACCAGCCCUACUGAGGUCACGUGGACCAGGCGUGGUCUACCUCCACCUCACGACUGGCCUCGACAUGGAGACAUAGAGUUCCGGAAGCUCAGCCUCCGAUACAGGGAGGGCCUCGAUCUGGUACUGAGGGAUGUCAGCUUCAAGGUCAAACAGGGCGAGAAGAUUGGUAUCGUCGGGAGAACAGGCGCAGGGAAGUCGUCACUGAUGCUCUCCCUUUUCCGAUUAGUCGAACCAACAGAGGGCGCUAUCUUUGUGGAUGGCAUCGAUAUUUCAACACUUGGACUUCACGAACUGAGGUCAAAGAUUGCUGUAAUACCCCAGGACCCGGUGUUGUUCACCGGAAGUUUUCGUAUGAACCUUGACCCGGAAGGAGAAUCUUCUAACACUGAGAUCUGGACUGCUCUGGAGCACACAAGGCUGAAGCAGAUAGUGGAAGCUUUGCCGCAUCAGCUGUUGGCCGAAUGUGGGGAGGGAGGGCAGAAUUUCAGUGUAGGACAGAGGCAGCUGCUGUGCCUGGCGAGGACGUUGCUGAAGAAGACCAGGAUCCUGGUACUGGACGAGGCUACAGCUGCUGUUGACAUAGCAACAGAUGACGUCAUACAAGAGACUAUCAGACGAGAGUUCCCGCACUGCACAAUUCUCACCAUAGCGCACAGACUUAAUACCGUCAUGGACUACGACAGAAUCCUGGCCAUGGACAGUGGGCAGGUCCAAGAGUUCGACACACCGUCCAGACUACUGGAGAACACCACGGGGACCUUCUACUGCCUCGCCCGUAGUGCUGGGAUUGUCUCAUAGGUUGUAUAUUGAAACGUCCUUUAACCGGACGGGAGGUUUCCGGAAAAAAACGGGGUCCUGAAUGAUAAGUUUCACUGUAUAUGAAAAAUAUGUUUCAAAUAUAACUUAAAUCUGAAAGAUCAGUGUUGUAUUGGUAAUGGUAUUUUUCGAUGCCUGACUGGAGUCCGUCUGAUUGGUGCUGAGACAUACUUCAUGUACCUACUCACUGUUUCAGAUGCUUUACGACCUCAAAGUAUUUAUGUUGAAGUCAAUGUUAAACUGUACUUCAUCAAUAUCUGGCUCUCGCCUUUAUUCAAAACCUAACAUGCGACGAGAUAGACUCUGUUUUCAGUUACCAAAAC